AUGUUUCUGGUCAGCCACCGCAUCUGUGGUUCGGUCGCCGCGAAAGACACUGCCGUAUUAAACUUUCGCUCCCAGCCAUUGUCGGGUACGAGCCGCAAGAGAUGGUCGGUCGCAAAUGUUGGUGGCAGCCAGGUCGGGUCCCGACGAGCGCGGCUGCAACUUUGGAGGCCAGAGAAGUCUGUGACAGCAGUCUCCUCGGUAGAAGCUUGUCACGGUGGUGGCAUUAGCACGAUGCCGGCGGAAGCAGGACUGAGGCGGAGUUACGGGGAUGCUUUCAAAAAAGAAAAAGUGUACAAGCAGCAGAACAAAGAGGGGAUAUUCAGCAGCAGGUUAUGUGCGGGGCGUGAGGAAGAUGACGGUGCACAGUUGGCCCAAAAAUUGGCAGCUGGGCCUGUUCAGCUGUUGGGCCGCAAGUUGUCUGUUGGGAUGAGAGGUUGUGUGAUAUUUGAAGCGGCAAGGUGUUACGCGUACAGGAAGAGAGGUCAGGAGAAUCCAACGAUUGUGAAGCCUAGUAAUUUACGUAGAGCAGUCGGGACGACCCGAGAUAUUACAAUGCUCCAAUAUUCUCUCACGACCCGGCAAAAGGGGGCAAAGGGAUCUGGAUCACAGACCCGACAAACUCAUCGGGCUCAGAUAAUUCGUUUCCACGAUUUUGUUUUGCGGAGUUCUAUGUUGUAG